AUGGUGGAAGUAGUCCGUCGACCAGUUGAGGGGCACUCGCUAUCCCCUCUCAAGUUAAUAAUGUACUGCCAGCGCCUCGCCGUCCCCUUGGCUCGCUCAAUUGCUGCCAGCCGAGUACCUCUCGCUCUUCGUGCGGAGAGUGCGCUGGCUGCGCGGUGUCUCCAUACCACUGUCGCCCGUAAGGAUAUUGACAGUGCAGCCAAAUACAUCGGAGCUGGAGCUGCUACCGUCGGUGUUGCUGGUUCUGGAGCUGGUAUUGGCAACGUAUUCGGAGCCCUCGUUAUUGGAUACGCUAGAAACCCAUCACUGAAGCAACAGCUGUUCUCAUAUGCUAUCCUUGGAUUUGCCCUUUCCGAAGCUAUGGGACUUUUCUGCCUCACCAUGGGUUUCAUGAUUUUGUUCGCUCUGUAA